AAACGAACGCGCAAACACUUUGUCGUCCGCGGCCACCAACCAGGCCUCGGUUUCUGUGCCGGCACGUUUCAUCCGCCAAUUCGAACAGUUCCCAUUUUCCCCGUGCGCCCCUCCCCUCCCCUUACCCCUUUCUCUUUUCGCUCCGGCGUCGGCGAGGGCGGCACAGAUCUGCGGCGGGCCCAGGAUGGUGAACGUCAACUGGGAGCUGCAGGGCUGCUGCCAGCACAACCAGGUCGUCUUCAUCGCCGCCGUCGGCGUCUCCACCGUCGUCAUACUCGCCCUGUGGAGGACGUUCCUGCUCACGCCUUUCAAGCUCAUCACCGUCUUCCUCCACGAGACCAGCCACGCCCUCGCCUGCAAGCUCACCUGCGGGGAUGUUGAGGGCAUGCAGGUCCAUGCUAAUGAGGGUGGUGUUACACAAACUCGCGGCGGCAUUUAUUGGAUAAUCUUGCCUGCUGGAUAUCUGGGUUCGUCAUUUUGGGGAAUGGUGUUCAUCCUUUCAUCCACACAUCUCCUUGCUACAAGAAUUGCGGCUGGUUGCUUCAUACUUGCUUUAGUUAUUGUUCUCUUUGUUGCCAAAAAUUGGUUUCUGCGCUGGCUCUGCAUUGGUUUCAUCAUAUUCAUUGCUGCUGUUUGGGUUAUACAAGAAUUUACAACUUUCCAUGCUCUGAAGUAUGUUAUUCUAUUCAUAGGUGUUAUGAACAGCUUAUUUUCAGUUUAUGAUAUCUAUGAUGACACCAUAUCCCGAAGAGUUAAUUCAAGUGAUGCUGAGAAAUUUGCUGAAAUCUGCCCUUGUCCUUGCAAUGGCGUUGGAUGGGGUGUUAUAUGGGGCUUCAUCUCAUUUAUUUUUCUCUGUGCAUCGAUAUAUCUUGGACUGGUUAUAUUGUCAUGAGGGCUUCCACCUCCCAUAUAGCAGUACCAUUUAGAUCUUGACAGCCCAGACAUUGGUUUCCAUUGGUCCGGACAUUGGUUCCAGCUUGUAUUGAUCCAUGGGGGACAGGUUGUACAAAGUUUAUACAUAGGGCAAUCAGUUUAUGCCAUGAUUAAGGUUGAUUGGAUAGGGGCGGUCAUUCAUGCGAUUCUUGCGUUCAUAGCUCAUGUAGAUUGGACAUUUUUCUUACAUCUGAUAUGCACAGCUGAUAUAUUAUGUUCUUCUUGAGAUGGUACCAUGGACUAACUGAAGUUCAUCCAGCAAUGCAUGCAGUCUCAUGGACUAUUUGCUAUA